AAAUGGAAUUUUUCCUCAAUUGGACAUCAUACAAACCAGUUUGUCUCAGGCCUGAAUAUAAGGAGGUUCAGAAGAGGCAAGUCCUCACUGAGAAGUUGUGAUUCUAUUGAGACUCAAAACUUGGGAACAGCAAAACAUCUGUAACCAUGAAGUUGCUUCUGGCCGGAAUUGUUCUGUUUCUAGUUGUGGAAUCUAAUGCCCAGUGGUACAGGUUUCCUGUUGAAGCUGCUCGAGGAAGUCGUGAUAUGUGGCGAGCGUACACGGACAUGAGGGAGGCCAACUGGAAAAACUCAGACAAAUACUUUCAUGCCAGAGGAAACUAUGAUGCUGCCCAGAGAGGACCUGGGGGUAAAUGGGCAGCUAAGGUCAUCAGUGAUGGCAGAGAGUGGGUGCAGCAAAAAAUGGGUCAUGGUGCCAGUGACUCAGCUGCUGAUCAGAUUGCAAAUGAGUGGGGACGGAAUGGAGGAGAUCCCAACGUUUACAGGCCCAAGGGACUUCCUUCAAGAUAUUAGUCCUAAAGUCAUUCACUAAUAAAAA